AUGAUACAGCUUCGAUCGCAAAUGGUUGUACAAAAAGGUUCAACAAAGUCAGCUUCUGAGGUUUGCGACCUGCUCGUGGGCUUGCUUCAUGAGACCCAGCCCAGUGUACGUGGACAGAGCUGCAGAAAGCUUCUGUGCGCUAAACACCAAUCGAGACUAUAUCACAAUUGUGAGUUUUCAUUAGAGCUAAGUGAUGAAGGCCGGGAGAAGUUGAUUAAGAAUGAAAUCGCGGAGUUGCUGUCCCAAACAAAUACCACCGAGUUAGUCAGGAUUUGCACUGGGCUCAACAAUGGAGUAAAAUGCGCAUUCAUCGCCGGGAAACAUAUCGAAAGCGAUGCAACCAUGGGUUGCGCUAAAUAUCAGGCGUGGCUAUCUUUUGACAACGGGGAGAAAUGGCUCCUCCAAAUCCCCCGCACAGGCAACAGCGAUGUACCUUCAGAACUAGUCGAAUACCUCAUUGCGAGUGAGUAUGCAACCCUCAGAUUUCUUGAACGGAUGAAAAUCCCAGCUCCACGUGCAUUCAUAUAUGGUCUUGCGUCUGACCCCUUCAACCGUGUCGGCGUCAGCUACAUAGUAAUGCAAGCCCUACCAGGAAGGCCUUUCCACGCCCACAAAGUCUCACCUUCGCAAAAAGCAAAGGUCCUCGAGCAAGUAGCGGAGAUCAUGCUCGAAAUCCACGAGCAUCCAGUACGCUCUGCAGGAUCACCUGUGGAAGAUAAAGGACAGAUACAGAUAUCGACGUUGGCAAAAGAUCGCUUCGUGGGCCUAAGCACAUCCGGGCCUUGCACAACCCCCUUAGAGUAUAUCCUCGCCAUCACAGGGCAGUACAUGGACCUCAUAGCUGACGGCCAGUUGCAUCAUAAGCAUCCCUUGGAAGCGUUUCUGUUUUAUCAUUAUCUCCAUCACAAUGGGGCAGCUAUAGUAACUGCUGAUAUGCAGGGUUCCUUCUUUCUCAAGCAUGUCGAUGACAAGGGCAAUCAUCUGCUCGUCGACGAGGAGUUCAAUGUCGUCGGUAUCGUUAGCUGGCAAUUUGCCCGUACCGUGCCUGCAUCUGAAGCUUUUGGGGCGUCCUACCUUACUGCGGAUCUCGCAUCAAUGUAUUCAUGUAAUGGCAGCGUCACCAAUGAUGAUCGACUACUUGCGAACGCUCUUAGGGAAAGGGGCGCAUCUGAUCUUGUUUCAUAUCCCGAGGGGAAGGACAUUAUGCGCCGGCUGCAUCAUGGCCUAGGUCGUGGCUCAACUACAGGUGAAGUCCGGUGUUUGUUGAAGGGAAUGGUGAAGGCUGUGUCAGGUGAACAAAUCGAUGAUAUAGAUCUGUGGAUGGAAAGCCAGCGGGAGAGCUGCCGUCAUGACUCUCGUCGGAGGGCUAUUCACGGUCUGUGUGAAAGUAUAUGA